ACGCACUUGAAGUUGGUUGUAUUUGUUACAGCGACCAACAAUCGAAAGCCUACGAAUAUAAAUGAUUCUCAGUCCCGUUGCGGCAUAACGUUCACGGAUUUGGAUCGGUGAAGUUGACCACACAAGACCACUGUCUUACAGUACUACGUUGUUUCGUUUUGUAGAAUGAACCGUUCGAUCGUUUGCGCAUUACUGCUGUCCGUGGUUUCCAUCGCCCUCAUCCACGGUGGAACCGUUCCGAGCGGUUCGGGCAGGAAGCUAAACAUUCCCGCGUUCAACAAUGCAGGCAAAACGGUUGGCUUGGAGGUUUGGCGCGUGGAGAACUUUCAACCCGUAGUCAUCCCCAAGGCCGAACAUGGCAAAUUCUACACCGGUGAUUCGUACAUCGUGAUGAACACUAAGGAAUCCAAGAGUGGAGUUCUGUCAUGGGAUGUCCACUUUUGGCUUGGGCUGGAAACAUCCCAGGACGAGGCUGGUUCGGCUGCCAUACUGACGGUACAGCUGGACGAUCGGCACAACGGUGCUCCGGUACAGCACCGCGAGGUACAGGAUCACGAAAGUCCCCUCUUUCUUAGCUAUUUCCCCGGAGGGGUCCGGUAUGCGGCCGGUGGUGUGAAGAGCGGUUUCAACGAGGUAGAAACGAAUGCUGCUGGCGAGAAGCGUCUGUUCCAGGUGAAGGGCGCUAAGAAUGUGCGUGUCCGGCAGGUUCCGUUAACGAUCGGUUCGAUGAACAAGGGAGACUGCUUCAUAUUGGAUGCUGGAUACGAUAUCUACGUGUACGUUGGAGCGUCCGCGAAACGAGUCGAGAAAAUAAAGGCCAUCAGUGCGGCGGGUCAGAUUCGCGACCAGGAUCAUGCAGGUCGUGCUAAUGUGCACAUUUUGGACGAGUUUGCAAGCUCCUCGGAACAGCAGGAGUUCUUCGAUGUGCUGGGAGAAGGGUCUCCCGAUGACGUAGCAGAAGAAUCGGAAUCGGACGAGGCAUACGAGCGUACCGAUUGUAAGACGAUCACUCUGUAUCAUGUAUCCGACGCUAGCGGAUCACUAGAGAUCAAUCCGAUCGGGGAGCGCCCAUUGAAGCAAAGCAUGCUUGAUUCUGAUCAGGAUUGCUACAUCCUGGACACCGGAGCAGGCAGCAUUUACGUGUGGAUUGGUAAGGGCGCAACCGGUCAGGAACGCUCCCAGGCGAUGGUGAAAGCACAAGAGUUCAUCACCGUCAAGGGCUAUCCGGUGCAUACGGCUGUGCAUCGCGUUGUGGAGAAUGGGGAAACAACCGAUUUCAAGCAGUUCUUCUCCAGCUGGCGCGACAAGGGCAUCAACCAUGCGCAGCUUAUCAAAACCGCCAUGGGUGACGGUGACGAGUCGGAUGCCGAUGCCGAGUUUGAUGCGGAGAUAUUGCACACCUUCAAGAAGAAUGGUGGCCGAGCUCUUGGCUUUAUGCCGGACAAUGGUCAGGGAUCGGUAGAAAUAUGGCGCGUACAGGACUACGAUCUCGUGUCGGUGGAGCCGGACGCGUUCGGAAUGUUCUUUGCCGGUGAUUCCUACCUCGUGCGGUAUGAGUACACAAUCAAGACUGGUGGACAUGGAUACAUCGUGUACUUCUGGCAGGGCAAGACAUCUUCCACCACUGAGAAGGGGGCCUCGGCAAUGCACGCUGUCCGUAUGGAUGACGAACUGAACGGAAAGGCGAUUCUGGUACGCGUCGCCCAAGGUAACGAGCCGCGUCACUUUAUGAAGCUGUUCAAGGGCAGGAUGGUCACCUUCCUGGGUGAUCACGAUAAGCAAGCAGCGGAUGAUACGAAACUGUUCCGCGUUCGUGGCACAUGUUCGGAUGAUGUGCGUGCGGAAGAAAUGACACCGAACGCUUCCUCGCUAGCGUCCGAUGAUGUGUUCCUGCUGAAGACAUCGGGUACUGUUUACAUCUGGCACGGUGUCGGUGCAUCCGAUCUGGAGAAGAAUAUGGCGGCAAACAUUGCCGGAGUGGUAGCACCUGACGCAAGCCCAGAAGUUAUUGAGGAAAAUUCUGAACCGGAAGAGUUCUGGAGCGCUCUCGGUGGAAAGGAUGAGUAUGAUCGUGAGCUCGAUCCGGCCGGUGCACCGUUCUUGUCAGCUCGUUUGUUCCACUGUCGCAUUCUGUACAAUAAGAAGCUGCGUGUCGAAGAAGUGCCACACUUUGAGCAAGAUGAUCUCAACGUUGACGAUGUUAUGGUGCUGGACGGAGGUGAUGAGAUCUACUGCUGGAUUGGUAAUGGCGCGACUGAGGAAGAACGCAGCAAGUCGAUCGACAUGGCCCGACAGUACAUCCGAACUGAUCCGUCCGAGCGUACCGAAGAGACGGUUCCAAUCGUUAUUCUCAAACAGGGCGCUGAACCAAGAAGUUUCAAACGUUUGUUCCCCACUUGGGAUGAUGCAUUCUGGGAGUCCCAAUUGUCAUACGAAGCGUACAGGAAGCAGGCGUUGGAGCAAAACCAACAUGCUGCUUAAAUACGCGUCGAUCAUCAUGAGUCAUUUACCUCAUCAACCGGGUUCACAUCAUUUUACUAUU